CUCUGACAACCAUAGAGCUGCAAAAUCCGCCACUCCUAGAGCUCACGGGCAGAGCUGCUGGUGGGGGAUGGAAAAAAAGCAAGCACCUUCCUGUACCCAGCCUCCUCCGGAGCCUGGUGCCAGAGCCCGGCUGCUGGGAGCCCUCCCAGCCCCGCUGGUCCCCGCAGCCAGGCUUGGAGCCCCUGGGGGGUGGGGCUCGGUCCCUGUCUGCAAGGAGAAGACCCCGAAAUCCAGCCCCUCCUGGCUGCAGCGGUGAGUGUGCUCGGGGCAGAGGCAGCCCCAGGGGAGGGGAGAGCCCAGAGCAGCGAGCCCAGAGCCGGAGCUUGGGCAGGUCCCUGGGGAGGGGAGGCCGGCUGCAAGCCCUUCUCCACCUGGCUGCAAGGAGAAGCAGCGUUGCCCAGACACCCUCCUGCCCGGACUGGGGUGCUUAGGCAUCUCCCAUGCAUCUGACCCAGCCGGUGCCAGGGAGCACGGUGUUGAGCUCGGCAGCUGGGCUGCAAAGCCCAGAGCCCCAGGGCCUCUGCAAGGAAAAGCUCUUUCACUGCACCCGUAUGGUACUGUGGGGGGCAGAGGGGCUCUGGGGGUGAAGAGCAUGGCCUGGGGUGUCCAGGGCAAGGAGUGCUGAAGGGGAGCAGGGGCUGGGAUCCCCAGGUCCAGGCUGAGGUGCUGGGGGGAGCCUUACAGGAUGCCAGCCCUGCGUUACCACCCGGAUGCCCAGACCUGGGGCUGCACAGACAGCGACAGGCAGCCCUGCCCCAGGGAGCUCCCAUCUGAACAGGCAAAGAGUUCAUGGCAAGGCAGUCGGUGGCAAAGCACAGCGUCCUGAGCUGUCCGUGCAGGGCCCAGCAGCUCCCUCCCUGAGCCGUGUCCGAUCCCGUUAAGCCCCUUCACCGAUGCCAUCACCGCCCUCAUCCCCCUCUGCUGGGGUUCAGUGCCCUUUCCCCACUGGAUCCCCUCCGUGCCCCCCAAGCCCUGCUGUCAGCCACCUGCUUGCUUUACCUCUCUCCCUCGGGCCAGGAUUUCCUCCCGCUGAGCCCGACGUGGUCGCCUGGAUGGAGCGCGAGGCAGAGCUGCGGGCCCGGGACUCCCAGGACACUGGGGCGGCCGAGCUGCCGGGGGGCACCUACACAGUGCCCGACGGGCUCCUCACAGACCCCGAAGAGGAGGAGACCCCACCGUUGGGGGACGCAGAGGCCGGCGCACCACCGGAGGCUGCUUCGCCGCCCCCCGCCCUAGCUGGGCAGGCCAGGCCGCGGAGGAAGGCGCCGGCACGGCGGCUGGGCAAGGCGGCACCGUGCGAGCGGGGGCUGCGGAAGCUGCGGGACCUGCUGGUGCUGCGGCGGGCGCCGGCCCGGCUGCGCCCCACCAUCUGCGGGGAGUGCGGCAAGGGCUUCAGCCGUAGCUCGGACCUGGUGAGGCACCAGAUCACACACACGGGCGAGAAGCCGUACCGCUGCACAGCCUGCGGCAAGGGCUUCAGCCAGCACUCCAACCUGGUGACCCACCAACGCAUCCACACGGGCGAGAAGCCCUACCAGUGCCGGGACUGCGGCAAGCGCUUCAGCGAGAGCUCGGCCCUCAUCCAGCACCAGCGCACGCACACCGGCGAGCGCCCCUACGCCUGCCCCGACUGCGGCAAGCGCUUCAGUGUCAGCUCCAACCUCAUCCGCCACCGCCGCACCCACAGCGACGAGAAGCCCUACAUCUGCGUGGAGUGCGGGGAGGCCUUCCGCCACAAGGCCCAGCUCCGGCGCCACCAGAAGCUGCACACUGCCUACUCCACCCUGGAGCAACUGCAGCUUUACCAGGGUCAUCCUCACCCCCCUGCCCCCAAAUCUUUCGUGCCUUGCUGCUUCAGGAGGAGCCCUGCCGUGCUCCUGCCCCUCUCAGGGCGGCUCAAUCCCCAGCUCCCGGAGUCCUGGGACGGGCGGGUUCGGGGUCUGCACGGAGCAGCGCGAACGGCCCCACGUGCCCCCGAGAAGCCGGGGCGGCCCCGCGGGUGGGUGCCGACACGCGUGGGAGCCGCCGGCAGCGGGCGCUGGGGGGCAGCGCAGGGACCCUGGGCUCGCAGCCCCGCCGCGCCGCCUCCAAGCCCGGCCCCGGCCCCAGCCCCAGCCCGGGGCGGCGAGAUCCGGCGGCUCCCGGCGCUCGCGGGCGGAGAUCGGCCGGGACCUUCCUGUUCCCGGCCUGCGCGGCCGCCUGCCCCCGCAGCCCGCAGCCCGGAGCCCGGCGGCAGCGGUGCCUCCCCCAUGGAGCAGGAGGAUCCGUGCGCGGCGGAGCUGCAGGACUCGGACGACGGCAGCCUCGUCCGGAGGGUCUACAUAGCCGACGACGGCAUCGUGAGCGACUGCGAGGAUCUGCAGGACGAGAUCAUCCAGACCAUCGUCCCGCACAGCCCGCUGCCCCGCAAGCCCCGGCGGAAAGCGCCCCCGCCGCACCACGACGGCCCCCCGGCUUGGGCUGGGGGUGACCUGGAGGGCGGCUCAACCUGCCUGGCGGGCCCCCAGCCGGACGUGGCAGGCGGCUACGGUGCGGAGGCAGGCGAGGGCGCGGGGGGUGGCGUGGCAGUGUCGGCCCGCGCCCGCGGCGGGGGACGGCCGCGCCCCUUCAUUUGCAACGAAUGCGGGAAGAGCUUCAGCCACUGGUCCAAGCUGCUGCGGCACCAGCGCACGCACACGGGCGAGAGGCCUAGCACCUGCACCGACUGCGGCAAGAGCUUCAGCCAGAACUCGCACCUGGUGCAGCACCGGCGCACGCACACGGGCGAGAAGCCCUACGCCUGCCGGGACUGCGGCAAGCGCUUCAGCUGGAGCUCCAACCUCAUCCAGCACCAGCGCAUACACACGGGCGAGAAGCCGUACGCCUGCGGGGAGUGCGGCAAGAGCUUCACUCAGAGCAAGAACCUCAUCAAGCACCAGCGCACACACUCGGGCGCCCGCCCCCACCGCUGCCCCGACUGCGGCCGCGGCUUCGCCCAGAGCACCAACCUGCUCAAGCACCAGCGCGUGCAUGCCGCCCGCCCGGCCCUCGCCUGCCCCGACUGCCCCCAGGCCUUCCGCGAGGGCGCCGAGCUGGAGCGACACCGGGCCGAGGCCCACGGCCAUGAGCCCUACAUCUGCGUGGAGUGCGGGGAGAGCUUCUCCAAGAGUGCCACGCUCAACCGACACAAGCGGGUGGUGCACAAGCCCCUUUUUGUGCGCUGAGCCCGGAGCUGGGGCCAGGGCCAUCCUGUGGCACUGGAGGAUGCUGCUGAGUGGGGCUGGCCACGAGAUCCACGCGCACUGAGCAGGCCCAGCCACGGAGCCAGCCAUGGAUUUGCUGGAUGUGGCUACAGCUCAUCACUUGGCCACCUAUGGGCUUGGCAUGCCUGGAGCGUGACUGCGGCUGUCACGUGGCCCUACUGGAUGCUGCUGAAUAGGGUUGGCCAUGGGAUCCAGAGGCCUUGAGCAGGGCUGGCCACGGAAUAACUGGACGUGGCCAGAGCUCAUGGACUUGGCUGCCCAUGGGAUCAGCAAAUCCCAAGAGUGACUCUGGCUGUCCCAUGGCCCCAUAGGAUGCUGCUGAAUGGCCCUACCAUGGGAUCCACAGGCAUUGAUCAUGGCUAGACACAAGUCGCUGAACGUGGCCACAGCGCAUCACUUGACUGCCCACUGGAUUAGCACGACUGGAGCAGUCACGUGGCCAUGUAGUAUGCUACUGAGCCUGCCUGUCACAGGGCUGCUGCAUGUGGCCGCGGACAUCCAGCCACAUCACCCCAUGCCCAGCAGGACUGCCAGCCACGUGACCACCCUCAGGAUGGCUGAAACAGGCCAUCUGCUGCAUCACUACGAACGUGGACACCUCCUGGAUCGCCAGGCGGGGCUGCUGGCCUAUCCGUGGCACUGACACGUGGCUGGCCAUGGCCAAAGCCUUUGGAACCCAGACCUCAGAAAACCCAUAAGGGACAGAGCCUAUAGAUACUAUGGGGUAGGGGGGCGGGGAGUGCUUAAGGUAGAAGCCAUAAUACUCCACAAGGCGGCUGCUCAGCCCCGGCACAGCCGGGCAAGGGCGUCCUCUCCUGGCAGGAGGUGGCACAAUGGCGCGUGGCUAGACGGGGCCUUGUCUGUAGAAUAAAGUUCUCCUGUUCGGGGA